AUGGGAAGAGACAUUAAAGAAUUUUAUAACUUAAGACGCAGGAAUACUGAAAAAAAGAAAGAAAGAAGUUCAAUCGUUAUAAGGAACACUAGAAACAAAAUAACAUGUAAUAAUGGCGUUCUUAAAACAAGCGCGUCUAAUUUUUUAGACAAAAAUUGUAAAAAUAAAGAUGGAUAUAAUUCAUGCCCAUUAAUAAACUCUUAUAAGGUUAAAUCGCAAAAAAAAAUGAAUGAGCUAAAAAAGGACUAUGUAUCAUGCGAUGAAAAAUGUAAAAGUAAAGAUAAUGGAAAACCAUCAGAAGGAACCAAUAACGUUAAUAUAGAUGAUAAAAAUAAUAAAAAUGAAUACACAACGGGUGAACCGCGAAAUAUUGUAGAUAAGAAUGGGAAAAACAAAAAUAAAUAUUCCAUUUUUUAUGUUGUUAAAUCAUAUAUGUCUGAAACCUAUGAUAAAAAAGAAAAAAUUAAUAAUCAUAUUCAUUUGGCCUCAAAUAAAGAAUAUAUUCUUAUGUCGAAAGAGACAAAAAAUGACAAUGAGAAAUUUGAUAUUAACAAGUAUCAUUUAAAUAAUUCUGAAAAUGAAUAUACAUGCGAUGUUUUAAAUAAAAAUAUGUGCUUAAGGUUAUGUACUUCUAGUAAUAAUAACUUUUCUAGCAAAAAAUGCAGCACCAAUAGUAUAGUUCAAAAUUUCAACUUAAAUAAUGUUAUCCGAGAAUAUAAAAACAAUAAGAUGCACAAAUUUUAUGACAACAAGAAUUGUAACAAUAAGGAGAGUGAUGAAUAUAAUUAUAGUGUGAAUGAAAAUAUCAUCAAUGCUAAUUUAAACGCAUUUGGAGAUGAUCCUUAUUAUAUAAAGAAAAAUAGCGUCAGUUCUAUGAAUAAUAAUAAAUUCAAUUAUAUGAAUAACAUUUAUGAGCACGAUGAAAAAAUGAAUGAAAAAUAUUACAAUAAAACUCCUGUAUAUAUGAAUAAGAAAAAUUCUAUAUAUCAUCAAUUUGGAAAAGGCAUAGAAAACCUUACCAAUAAUUUAAACAGUGAACAAGAUGAUUUACCCUCUGCUAAAAAUAUCAACACUCCAAAUAACCUUAACAUAUUAAAUGAAAAAACUCAAAUAAAAAGAAGAAAUUAUAUAAGCGAUGAAAACAAAACCUUUUAUCCAAAAUGUUGCCUCAACAAUUUCAUAGAUGAAAAAAAAAAAAAUCUUGGUAUGAAUUUUUAUCAUUCAAAAUUUAUUAAUAAUAAAGAAAAUUUUCAAUUGUCGAAUAAUACGAAUUAUGAAGAUAUACGUAAAAAGGAAAAUAGGGUUAUUCACAACAAAAAUUUCAAUAGUAAGUCACAUGUACAGAACACUCUUUAUAAGUACAGUCAUAACGAUGCUCAAAGUAAAAAUAAUAAUGUUAAUGGCAGUAGCAAUGGUAUGAAUAAUGGUACUAAUAAUAGUACAAAUAAUAGAAAUAACAAAAUUGCGGAAGACACAAUAACCCCUAACAGCAGUGGUAAACCGAACAAUAAUGACAUCAAAGUGAACAUACCUAGAAGUGAUCUCAUCAAACAAGCUUCGAAAAACAUUAGUUGCGAAUAUAAAUUUUUUAAUAAUGUAUCAAUGCGUAUACCGUAUAAUAAUUAUGAACAGGAGGAAAAAAUAGGACGUGGCAUUAGUAACCAUAGUAGCAGUAAUAAUAUAUACCAUGAGAACAGGUACAGUGACAAUUACAGCAACAUUCAUAAUAUUCAGAAGAAGAGUUACUCCAUUAAUCAUAAUUGCAAUAGAAUCUAUAAUGGCGACGAUAGUUACAAUGAUAGUAACAGUGAUGAUGAGGAUAACAACGACAAAGAUAACAGUAAUGGAGAUGAUAAAAAUAACAGCGACGCAAAUAAAGACGUUAGGGAUGGAGGUAAAGACAGUAGCGAUUUAGAUAAAGACAGUAUCUAUGGAGGUAAAAACAAUAGCGAUUUAGAUAAAGACAGUAUCUAUGGAGGUAAAAACAAUAGCGAUUUAGAUAAAGACAGUAUCUAUGGAGGUAAAAACAAUAUCGAUUUAGAUAAAGACAGUAUCUAUGGAGGUAAAAACAAUAUCGAUUUAGAUAAAGACAGUAUCUAUGGAGGUAAAAACAAUAUCGAUUUAGAUAAAGACAGUAUCUAUGGAGGUAAAAACAAUAGCGAUUUAGAUAAAGACAGUAUCUAUGGAGGUAAAAACAAUAUCGAUUUAGAUAAAGACAGUAUCUAUGGAGGUAAAAACAAUAGCGAUGGGGAUAAAGACAGUAGCUAUGGUUGUAAAAGCAGUAGCGGAUAUGACAAAAGAAACAGUAAUUAUCAUAAUAGAAGUUACUAUGAGGGGGAGCAUUACAGAAAGAACAGAACUGACGAAAGAGACUAUAACGAAGAAUCAGUCAAGCAAACAAUGUGUUAUGAUGAAAGGCCCCUUCGUAAUGAAGUAAGUAAUUUGUAUGAUGAAAUUUUGAAUAAACACAUUAACAGUUCAGAUGAUAUCAAAAAUAACUUUUCUUCAGAUGAAAUUGAAAAAAAAGACCAUCAAAAUAAAUGUAAAGAAAAAAAUUUAUACUCAAGUAGUAAUAAUAUAACUUUUCCUAUCCAUAAUUUAUCAAAUAAAAAUGAUGUUUACCAUAAUUGGAAAAAAAAUAAUUAUCAUAUAUUUGAUUCGUUAAACGAUAUAAUACAUGAGGUUAAAAAAAAAAGCAAUUUAUUUUUAAAUAAUUAUAAGAAUAAAGAUAUAACAAUUGAAAAUAAUGUACGAAAGAACAAAAUUUACAAUAACUCUUUCUGUAGUAAAAAUAAUAUCAACAACCUUUCUACCACUCUUCCUCCAGUAUAUGAAGAUAGUAAUUUUAAAAACAGCACCAAUACAACAUAUGUGAACAGUGAUGUACAUGAGCAACAAAGAGCUAGUAAUCAUUCAGCAACUUUAAGAUGCGCUUCCCAUUCGGAAAGUAGAAGUAAUAUUUACAGCCCGGAAAAAUAUAAUGCUAACUUUAAGUGCAACAUGUACAGGCAUAAUUACAGCGAUGACAAUAGUAACAGAAGCAGUGGUAAUAUUAGUGGUAAUAUUAGAGGUAAUAGUAGCCGCAGUAGUAGCGGUGGUAGUAGUUGUAGUAGGAGCGAUGGUAGUUGCGGCACUAGUAGCAAUUAUAAUAAAAAGCAUAAUCAAAUAUAUUCGAAUAGCAAAUAUGAUGAUUUUCAUAAUGAAAAAAAUAAAAAUUUUGUAAAAUGUUGUAGUAUCAACAAUAACAACGUCAAAAUGCAAACUAUAGCUCCACCAUCCUUACAUGAUAUUAAUUCAAAUACAAAUGCUAGUAACUCUAUUCGUAUUCUUAAUUCGUCCGACAAAAGUGUAAAAUGUAAUAGGAAAAAAACUUUUGAGUUUGUCAAUCAUCACCCCCCUUAUCCAAAUAUUAUAGAAGAAAAUAAUUUCGAAGAAAAUUUUAUAAAAAAUGUACAGAAUAAAAUAGAUAGUAAUUUGAUUCUAUUAAUAAAAAAUGAAGUAAAUAAUUAUAAUACUAUUCCUUUCAAUGACCGUUCAAAGGUAAAAGAUAAAUAUUUUGUUGACAAUCAUAACCAAGAUGAUAAUUUAACAAAUAACGAAAUAUGCGAUAGUUUGAAUAAAAUAAAUAAAACUAAGAUUCUACAUCAUAUGAUAGAUCAAGAUAGAAGACCUAUGUCAAUUUUGGAAAACUCUUUUAUUAACUCAAACAUUAAUCUAAAAAAAGAAGUACCCAAAUGGGAUAUGAACAUGCCUAUAUCAAAUGGUUUAAGUGGAAAAAGUAAUUUAUUCAAAAAUAGAAAUAUAUUACAUAGGAAUAGUAUUCAUAGUAUAGAAAAAGGAAAUAAUUACCAUAUCAAACAGAGUGAUAGUGCACCAGGUAAUUUUAAUUAUAAUAUGAUAUCACAAAAAAAUUAUGUACAAAAGGGUGAAGACAAGAGAACGUUAUUCAUUAUGGGAAAUGGUAGUACAAAUCACAACUCUCUAAAAUGCACUGCACAUGAAAAUAAUUAUAUUUUAUUAGAAGAUGAUAAGGAUGAAGUAAAUAAUACUAAUUCAAAUACAUAUGAACAAAUUGGUGUUUUUAGAAACAAAAUGUCUAAAAAUGUAAAUACCAAUUUAACUAAAUACUACAAGGAACAAAAUUGCUAUGAAUGCAUAGAGGAUUCAAUAUCAUUUAAUAAUGAAAACACCAGUGAAAAGGAAAGUAGUUCGUCUAAUAUAAGAUGCAGUAAUAAUUUUUCAUGUGAUAAAGACAUUAAGCUUGACACGUAUAAUUGCUUAUAUGGAUCAACUCCAAACAAACAAUUAAAUACAAAUAACAAGGCAAAUGUUCUUUGCUUAAAGAGGUCGAAUAAGGAUCAUUUGUAUAUUGACAUUAAUGUGCAUAAUAAUGAUUUUAGCAAUACCCCCAAUGAUGCUGUCACUGCUACUUUUUCCACAGUUGCUGCUACUUCUUACGUUCCGAAUGGUAUUAAUGCUUGCAGCAAUGUAAAAGAAGGAAAUGGAAAUAAUAACUUCAAAGACAGCAGUAACAGCAGCAGUAAUGUCAAAUGCGGCGGUAACAGUAACAGUGGCAGCGGAAGUAAAGAUUCAUGUUGUGCUGCUUCUAUAAAUAACAAUAAAAACUGUGGAAAUAGCUACCUUACAAGGAGCAAAUCAUGCUAUGAUAUUCAGUGCAAUUAUUCGGAACAUAGUAUUGACUCUAUAUACGAUGGAAGAAGGAAUGAAAUAUAUGAAUAUGACUCAGUAAUGGGAAGAAAAAAAUUGAAAAAGCAAAAAAGACCAAAGCUGAUACAAAUAUCAAGAAAAAAACGAAAAACGAAGUCCCUAAACGAUAUAAAAAUUAAUUAUUCAUUAAGUGAAAGCAAGCUGAUGCCAGAAAAAAAAAGAAAAAAAAAAUGCAUUAAGGGGAAGAGUGCAAAAAGUAGUAACAUCAUUAAUGACAUCAUCAGCAAUAUCGUCAACAACAAUGAUGAAAAUAAUGAUCUUCUUCCUUUAACUAAUGAAACAUUGGAUCAGUCAUUUCAAAAAACAAAGGAAGAACUUCAUCCUAGUAAUGAUUCAAAUGUUAACUCAAACUGUGAGUUAUCUGUAAUAAGUGAAUCUACACCAAGAGCAGCGUUGACAGAACAUAGUGGAACCAAGUUAGGGGAUUGUACUAAAAUAAAUAAUGUAAGUAUGAUGGAUUACUAUAGGAAUUAUGAUUCGGUUCAAAGUAUUAAAGGGGAUAUAUUAAAAAAUGAAAAGUUCCCAUUCAUAUUUUACGAUUCUAAUAUUCGUAAUUUAGUAAUAUAUUAUAAGGAUGAUUAUACUGAUGCGAUUAAAAGUAAAUAUUUUUCAGCUCAACGAUUUGGACAUGCAACAGCCAAAAAAAUUGCUUUAAACUUUUUAAGAUCCUUAGGAAUUAAUCCGGAUCAUUUGGAAAAUAAUAAUGUCUUUUCAUAUGAAAAAGAUGCAAAAAGUAAAUUAUUUAAUAUGACCGUAGGAAAGGUAAAUAUAAAUAAAGACGAAAAUUCUAAUGUUAAUUAUAUAUAUGAUAAGAAAAAAAGAAAUGUCAUUGUUUCAUGGAUUAACAAAAAUAAAGGAUAUACUUUCAGGAAAUUUUCGACUCAGAGAUUUGGUUUUGAUGUUGCCGUAUGUCUAUCUAUUGAUUUUUAUAAAAAUUUGGGAGGUUUAAAAGAAGAAGAAGAAAUACGAAAUUAUAUUGAUAGAAUUAAUUCUAGUUUUAAAAAUAUUAGAAUUCUAACAAGUAAAAAAAAAAAACUUUUUAAAAAUAAGGUAGCAAAGGGUGAAGACUUUUUAGACAUAUGCACAAGUAGUUAUGAAAAUAUAUAUGAUUGCAAUAACUCAUCCUUUUUUUUCCUAAAUAAUGUGAGGUUUAAUAUAGAAAAUAUGAAAAAUCAAAGUAUGUUUAAUGGAGUUACAGUUACUACUUACAAAUUUCAGAAAUAUACAAAUCUAUUUUAUAUAACUAAUCAAUUUUAUCAAAUCCUGGAAAGUAAAUUAAAAAAUAUUCAAAAUGCUGAAGUUAAAAUAAAUAAGAUUUGUUAUUACGAUUUUUUUUUAAAUAGAACCUUUUAUUUUUUAUAUUUAAAAUGUUUAGAAAAUGUUAAAUCAAUUAUAUGUGAUGAAAAUAUUCAAAAUUUUAUCAAGAUGUAUGAACAGGUUAAGAAUGUUAAUAAUCUAUCUUAUCAAAAAGUGCAAGAUAGAAUUAUUAGUAAUUACACUAAUAAUCACAAAACGAACUAUUUUCAAAUUAUUGACCAUUAUUGUGAUAGUGAGAUACAUAAAAAUUAUAGCAAUAGAAAUGUUAAUUAUUUUAUUAGUAAGAUAGACUAUUAUAGAGAUGAUGAUAUAUUAAUGAAAGGAUACUACACGUCUGAUGAUGCUACAAUUUAUGAAAUUUUGUUCCUAUCAAAUGAUUACAAAAAUGUAUUAGAUGAUGAAUUUUAUUUUACAGACCCUAUCAGUAAUGUAAAUCACAACAAAUUAACUCCAAUGGACAAUACACACAAAAGAAUGACAAGAACAAAAAAGUAUAAAAAUAGGAAAAACUUUCAGAAUUAUCAUUUUUAUUACAAUAAUAAAAGGAAAAAUAUGUUCAUUGAUUAUGACAAUACAAAUGAGGGAGAAAAUGAGAUGCAGGAUGACAAGAAAAUAUUCAUGAGAAAUAAAAAAAAAAUGACGAAAUACAAAAAAAGGAAUAAAAAUGUUAUUAAAAGGAAAAAUAUCCUUAUAUCAAAAAAAAUUCCUAUCAUGAGUAACAGAAAAGGAAAAAGCCUUUAUGAGGAGUACACGCAAGGGGGAUAUGAAGAAGGGACUAAUGAGGGGGAAUGUGAACGGAUGAACGAAGAAGACAAUGAAGAAGCCAAUAAAGAGAUUAACAUUCAGCAUAACGAAAGAGACAAUUUUCAGAUUAACGAAAUUGGCAAUGUUCAGAAUAGCCAAAAGGACAACAUUCAGAUUAACGAAAUUGGCAAUGUUCAGAAUAGCCAAAAGAACAACAUUCAGAUUAAUGAAGAGGACAAUAAAACAAAUUGCAGAGAAAUCAACAUCUGCAUGAAAAAAGAGGGCAAUAAAGAAGCCUGUAAGGAUAACAGUACAUGUAUUGGUGAAGAGCACAGUAGAGUAAGUCGUAGAGGAGCUAAGAGGGGAGCCUAUAAAAAAAUAAGAAAAAAAAUAGGCAAAAGGUUUGGUAAAGGAACCAAAAAGCGGGUAAGUAAACGGAUCAAUAAAGAGAUAAACCGAGAAUCCAAUAAGGGGACCUAUAGAGGGGUCAAUAAAAGGGUUUAUAAAAGAUCCAGCAAAGGGACGAACAAAAUGGCAAGCAAAAUGACAAGUAAAAUGGAAAACAAAGUGACAAGCAAAAUGGCAAGCAAAGAUCUAAACAACAUUUCCUUUUUAAGAAAAAAAAAGUUCGCAUCAACGAAUAAAAAUAUAAACAGUUUACUUAUGAAAGGAAGGAAGUAUAUAUUAUGUUAUAAUUACAUGGGAAAAUUUCAGGUUAAAGUAUUUAGCGCAGAUAUAUAUGGGGCUAUGACAGCGCAGAAAAAAUCUGUUGCAUUUUUACAACAAGUUAAAAAGGAACUUAAAAGUGAUGGAAAAAUUUUAUAUAGUGAUAACAACAACAAAACAGCAUUCGAAAUAACAAACUCAUUGAUGAAAUCUGUUCUAUUAAAUCCGUUAGAACAACAAUCCUGCUCACUAAACAACGGUGAUAGUAUAAUUCUUACUGAUCCUAUUAAUACAAUUGUGAAGAAGAAAAGAGGAAGGAAGAGAAAAAAUCCAUUGGUAAUAGUUGAUCAAAGCUAUGAAAAAGAUUUACAUUGUAAUCAACAAAUUGAAGAUGGAUAUAACAACCAGAGAAACUGGGAACAAAGAUACUAUUCGUAUAAGAAAGAAAUGGAGAAAGCGAGAAAUGCCAGUAUACAGCAAUAUGAAGCAAACGAAAUGAAUGCGCAAAAUAGGAGUUACAAAGGCCAUAAUGAUAAUUAUGGCAUACACAUUUCUAAACAAAGCAGUUACCUAAAUAGCAAAAUUAAUGACUCUGCGGAUGAUCACAUUGCUCAUUAUAUUUAUGAGAGUGAGCAUAUUAAUAAGAAUGAGUCAACAAAUAGAGUUAACAAUAUUCAAAGCACGACGUUAAAAGCUAGCGAUGGUUCCUUUGGUGAAAGCAAAAUUCCUGACAAUUGUGAACAGCAUGAUGUAGACAACUUGCAAAAUGAUCUAUUGUGUAACACUAGCUGUUUUCAAAAUAAAAACAGUUCAACAGAGGAUAUGUAUGCAAACACUUCGUUUAAUGGAUCCUUUAGAAAUGACUUAAAUGAAAAUGUAUAUGAAGCAAAGGACGACAAAAAUAUUUCUUCAAAUAACGUUGCGGAAACGUACUAUAAGAUAAACAGUUUUGAAUGUACAGAAGAGAUAGUACCCAAAAGUUAUGCGAAAACAUACAGCUUUGCAACAGAAUAUGAAAUGAAUACCACUUCAGUUAUCAGAGAAGAAAAAAUAAACAGCACUAUAAGGAGUGAAAAUGAAGGUGAAAAAGAAAAAAAGGAAUUCCUCAAUGCAAAGCAAAAUGAAUUGAACCUGGUUCAUGUAAUGAAUCUUGACAUUCAUAAUGGUAAUAGUAACAAUAAUAGUAGCAACGACAAGAACAGUAACGGUAACUACAACGAUUACGGCAACUGCAGUGGUGACGAUGACAGUAACGGUGCGGCAAGAAAAGAUAUGAACAAGUUAAAGGGCGAGAAAAAUAUAGUGGAACAUGUUAAAAAGGAAAGAAUAAACUGCCCAAAUAGUUUUAAUAAAUUAAACCCAGAACAAAAAAUAAUUAAAGGAUAUAUGACCUUAAGGAAGGAACAAGGAAUAACACCAAAUGUAAAAAGAGUAUACUCACUGUACGAUUUAUACAAUAAGAUUAUUAACGAAUGUGACUACACUGAUUUUUUAUCACAAGGUAUCAUACAAAAAAUACUGAAAAACAAGAAUGAAAGACAAAAUGAAGAUGUUCUUACACAUUAUCAUAGUAAACGGUUAAUUAUAAAAAAUAAGAAAAUAGAAAAUAUGAAAAACGAUCAUAUACAAAAUGUGAAAAUAAAUAAGUACAAAUUAAUAAAUAAGGAAAUAGAGAGAAGCUGUGAAUACAUGGGACAAGGUAAUUUGGGAAAUAUAAUGGAAGUACAAAAUCAAAGAGACACAGAGAAUAAAAACAACAGAAAAAUAAUGAAAUUUCCUUCGAAUCAAAAAGGACAAGGAGAAAAAAUUAACAAGAUUAGCACUUUAUAUAAAACGCGUAAUUUUUAUAAUGACUGGAGUGGACUAGUCAAAUAUUAUACAUCAAAAGGUGUGGUUAAAAUACCCAAAAUAUGUGUACAUAAAUUAGCUAGGAAAAAAGGCUAUAUGAAACUAACCUGCAUAAUUUAUAGAGGAAAAGGAGAAUUUGUUUCCUACUUCUUAGAAAGAACAAAUAAAAAAGUUAAUGAUAAGAACAUAAUAAAAAAUGAAAAUGACGACAAUACAAACGCUAAUUCAUUUACACCUUAUAAGAACAAUGAAAAAUAUAUCUACACCAGAUUUAAAAGUUAUAAACUCGGUAAAACGGGAUCGAAGGAACAAAAUGUUCAAGCACAUAAAAAGUAUUUUUUAAGAGAAAAGCAAAAUAAUUCCAUUUAA